AUGAACGUGGUUGUAGCGGGUCAAAACAGCGUCGUGACUUUUAGCGAGGAACUUGUAGCGGACGAAAUUCCCUCGGAUGUAGCGGAGGUUAUCCCCACGGCUGUAGCGGAUUUCCCGGCAGCAGGCAGUGACUUGGAGGAGCGCGACAAUGUGGCUGUAGCGGGGCAGAAUACGGUCGUGAUCUUUGCAAAAGAAGCCACUGCCGUUGGCGGCGAAACGGAUACAGCAGAGAAGGCGGAGGAGAAGGCGGAGGUGAAGUCGGGUGCGGAAGAGAAAGCGGAAGAAAAGGCGGAAGAAAAGGCGGAAGAAAAGGCGGAGGUGAAGGCGGAAGAGGCGGCGGAGGAAGGCGCGGAGGGGCAGGACAUCGCGGCGGAGGUGGAGGCGGCGGCGGAGGAAGCCGCCGCCGCCGCUGCUGAGGCGGCAGCAGCUGUAGCCACGGCCGCGGACGCUGACACCGAGACGGCUGUAGCGGCGGACUCGGAGGCUGUAGCGGAAGGCGACGUGGUGAGCUCCGACGGCAACGAGAGUCCAGCAGACGGUGAAACAGAGGGUGCUCCGGCCGAGACGGCUGUAGCAGCGGGCGCGGAGUCUGUAGCGGAAGGCGACGCAGUGAGCUCAGAAGGCAGCGAGAGCCCAGCAGACGAGACUUCUGCGUCAGCGGAGGCUGGAACAGCAGAGUCUCAGUCCACUGAGGCAGCAGAUACGGAGGCGGAACAAACUGCAGAUUCGCAUUCCAGCGCUGAAGAUUCUGAAUCUGGGAGCAUAACCAGCGAGAGUAGCCCUGCCAGCGAGAACGAGGGCGAUUCUGAGGGUGCUGCUGCUGACGGUGCGAUGAGAACUCUGGAUGAUGGGCCGACUGCGGAAGAGAUUUUGCCGGAAGGGUCUGACGGAUUGGAAGAGGGAGCUGCUGCAGUCGCCGUCCAGUAG